AUGCCAUUUCGUCGGCAACUUGUGGCUUCUUUCUUUCUUUCUUUCUUUCUUUCUUUCUUUCUUUUUUUCUUUCAAACAAUUAAUUCUUCACGUCAUCACACCGGAAUUUCCAUCUGCUCGCUGUUUCUACGACUUGUGGCUUUCUUUCUUUCUUUCUUUCUUUCUUUCUUUUUUCUUUCUUUCUUUCUUUUCGAGCAUCUUUUAGGGUUUUCUGUCAACGCACUAUUCUUUUCGUUCCUUCGUUUCUUCUUUCCUUCUUUUCUCCCCUUCCUUCCUUCCUUCCUUCCUUCCUUCCUUCCUUCCAACCUGACCACUCUUUCUUUCCUUCCUUUUUUUCUUUCAUUUUCUUUCUUUCUUUCUUUCUUUCUUUCUUUCUUUCUUUCUUUCUUUCUUUCUUUUCCCACAUUCUGUUCUGCCAACGCGCUAUUCUUUUCCUUCCUUCCUUCCUUCCUUCCUUCCUUCCUUCCUUCCUUCCUUCCUUCCUUCCUUCCUUUCCUCCUCCCUCCUCCUUCCUUCCCUUCCUUCCUUCCUUCCUUCCUUCCUUCCUUCCUUCCUUCCUUCCUUCCUUCCUUCCUUCCUUCUAAAGCAAAUCUUCUUUUUCCGUUUCUCCUCCUCUCUUUUACUCUUUUAGAAUGGCGACUGACGUUAUCUAUCUAUCUAUCUAUCUAUCUAUCUAUCUAUCUAUCUAUCUCACUGUUCCUAUCUAUCUAUCUAUCUAUCUAUCUAUCUAUCUAUCUAUCUAUCUAUCUAUCUAUCUAUCUAUCUAUCUCAUCUGUUCAUAUCUAUCUAUCUAUCUAUCUAUCUAUCUAUCUAUCUAUCUUAGUCUGUUCAUUUCUAUCUAUCUAUCUAUCUAUCUAUCUCACUCUGUUCAUGUCUAUCUAUCUAUCUAUCUAUCUAUCUAUCUAUCUAUCUAUCUAUCUUAGUCUGUUCAUAUCUAUCUAUCUAUCUAUCUAUCUAUCUAUCUAUCUCAGUCUUCUGUUCAUAUCUAUCUAUCUAUCUAUCUAUCUAUCUAUCUAUCUUAGUCUGUCUUUCUUUCUUUCUUUCUUUCUUUCUUUCUUUCUAUCUAUCUAUCUAUCUAUCUAUCUAGCUCACUAUGUUCAUAUCUAUCUAUCUAUCUAUCUAUCUAUCUAUCUAUCUAUCUAUCUAUCUAUCUAUCUAUCUAUCUUAGUCUGUUCAUUUCUAUCUAUCUAUCUCAGUCGUUAUUUGUACCUUUCAUUUUCCUUCUCCCUCUCUCUCUCUCUCUCCCUCUCUCUCUCUAUUUCUCAAUCCUCCUACUUGUUCCCGCCUUCCACGUCAUCGAAUCCUUCGCUAUUCUAUCUAUCUAUCUAUCUAUCUAUCUAUCUAUCUAUCUAUCUAUCUAUCUAUCUCAAUCUGUUCAUUCUAUCUCUCUAUUCAUCUCAGCCUGUUCAUUAUCUAUCUAUCUAUCUAUCUAUCUAUCUAUCUAUCUAUCUAUCUAUCUAUCUCAAUCUGUUCAUUCUAUCUCUCUACCCAUCUCAGUCUGUUCAUAUCUAUCUAUCUAUCUAUCUAUCUAUCUAUCUAUCUAUCUAUCUUUUCAUUUAG